ACGAAGCGGCAUUGCAGAAGUGGCCACCACGCGAGUAGGAGAGAAAAUCGGGGGAAACGGUUUCAGUGUCGAACGAGCCGCGAUUCGCGUUUCGUCGUCGUCGUCGUUGUUUCCCGAUGUCGGGACAACGAUGGGACAACGCGUCGACGGCGCAUGGUUUUUCCGAAGAUGUUGCAGUUUUUCGUUGCACGAUUUCGCGAGAUCUUUUUACGUUUUGAUCGACGAGUGCUAACUGACUGAGCGAAGUGGCCUGAUUAAUGUUCUCCGAGGAGACGCGAGCUAAGUCUCUGAAAAGUCUCCGCGCUCUCUCGGAGACGCGAACAGUUAAGAGAACGCCGUCAGUCGGGUGAAAAAUUGAUUCGCGCGCCCGACGAACGUAUUAAUUUGUCUGAUACGCGCGGAAACCCACGGACAAGAUAAGUGAGAUUCUGGUUUAAAGAAACUGCGGUUAAUAAUCGGCCGCAGUUAUCAACACCCGACUUCCGCCGAGUCGUGAAUUCCGGGCAAGAAGCAGCAGGCCGCGAGUCAGGAGAGGCAGAGGAAACGACGAAACAGCCGACACAUGUAGCAUUCGGGCAUCGGUAUAAUGAAGCCGUCCAUGAAAAUGGGAGUGAUCGCCUUGAUAGGGAUCUGCGUAGUGUUUUAUCAAUAUCACCUGUCCACCGGCGUUACCUUCGAUCAAGUAACGGCCUUCAAUGCGGACACUUCCGCGGAAGACGCCGGUCUGCCGAUCGGUGAAGAAGCAGCUGACAGCUACGGCAAAACCCCGAAGCUCACCGAAGACAUGAUUCGGUACGCCGCGUACCGAGUGCAAGUAGCGAAUGGCCUGAGUCCAGAGAUAAGCUCGAUGCUCGUGCGCGAGCUUAUCAAUCAGUUGAUCAGCAAAAACGUCUCGGUGGUUUCGAGAAAUAAUUCCAAGCUUCCAUCUCAAGCGGCGACAACGGCGCACAAAUCGUCCCCUACGACUUCCGAAGAAACCUCCGAAGAACCUUUGUACAUUAUAACACCGACAUAUCGAAGACCCGAACAGAUACCCGAACUCACGCGCAUGGCCCAUACCUUGAUGCUAGUCAAGAACGUGCACUGGCUUGUUAUCGAGGAUGCCAUCGUGGCUACGAAGCAAGUCACCAAAUUGCUGGAACGAACGGGCUUGAAGUUCGAUCAUUUAAUCGCUCCGAUGCCAGAAAAAUAUAAACUGAAGAAAGGCGCGAAACCACGAGGAGUGUCCAACAGAAAUCGCGGCCUACAGUGGAUACGAGCGAACGCCACGAGAGGUGUGUUCUACUUCGCCGACGACGACAAUACUUACGAUAUCGAGCUUUUCGACGAGAUUCGCAAGACAAAGACGGUAUCGAUGUUUCCGGUGGGAUUGUGCACCAAGUUCGGACUGAGCUCGCCCAUCCUGAAGAACGGUAAGUUCGCGGGCUUCUACGACGGCUGGGUUGCCGGUCGGAAGUUCCCGGUUGACAUGGCCGGGUUUGCCGUGAGCGUGAAAUUUCUGCAUCAGCGACCGAACGCCAGCAUGCCGUUUCGCGCGGGUUACGAGGAGGACGGUUUCCUAAAGAGUUUGGCGCCGUUCGAGCCGCGGGACGCCCAGUUGCUGGCGGACAAUUGCACCAAGGUGCUCGCCUGGCACACCCAGACGAAGAAGAACGAGCCGAGCGCGCCGCUCGACAUGAAGAUGUACGGCGCGACGAAUCUGGUGAAACUCAAGCAGCAGAUAGUAUGAUGAUCGGCCGGGACGAUCAAGAUCCGUGCUCGUCAACGAUUCGAGAAAUCUGAAUCUUGUCAUGUGAUCCCGCCCCUCCUUCGCACUAGUUUAUCGGUGUCACUCCAAGGGAAUUCCUAGGUGCGGAAGACUCUGUGCGAUUCAGUGCCUAAAAGUUAUUUACACACAUACACACACUCUCUCUCUAUCUCUCUUUCCGGGGGGAAGAGAGAAGGGAAUCGUUAUUAUACCUAUUUAAAUGUAAGCCGGUAAAACGAUCGUUUUUUUAUCAGCUUUUACAUAUCCGCAACUCACCCUCCGAGAACGAUCCGCCCUUGCUUCGAGAAUGGGAUAUACCGCGAGAAGAGAAGAAGGUAAGAUCCGGCACUUUCUUUGAAACUUGGGUACGCGAUUCGGUGCGUAAAUCUUGUUUGAGUUCGCGCACGUGCGGGAAAAGAGUUCGAAAAUUGUUUCUCUUCGGUUCGGUUUCCGAACUACAUUUCUCGCGCGUAGAGAGAAUACAAAGAUCAACGACCAAAAAAAAAAAAAAAAAACGGAAACAAACAAACGAGCAGUUAUUCGUUAUAGUAAGGCUUGUAUAUCGUUACUUUUAUUAUCUAUACCUAGAGAGAGGAUGCGUUUCCCCAACAUUCUACACGCUAACAAUAGAUUAUCUCGUUAUAUUCCAUUUUAUUCUAUAGCGAGAAUGUCAUUCCUAAACACUUACGUACGACUCGAUAGAAAACGAUUUAGCCAAAGAGUGAAGAUAAUCCGCGAUAAAAUCACGAGUUCAAUUACACGAGUUAGGUGACUUUUCUCAAAUCGAUCGAUCUCUCUGAGCUUGCACACCUGAAUGCCGCUCGUUAAUCUAGUUUAUCUUGUAUAAGUAACGCAGUUUCACGAUCGUUGGUUAGAUCGUUGGUCACACAUCCUGCCCCGCCUCUUUAUGCGAUUAGCGUUAGACGAUUACGAGAUAGAGAAUUCACAAAGUUUGCUUAAUGAGAAUUCCUCGUGCGUUUCCAGAGACAAAAGAGUCUUAUCUCCAAAGUAAGUAUGUUGUUGAACAACAAACGUUCGAUAGCGUCGAGAGAAAUGACAAUCGAAGUGCAAUAUAGUCAUUUAAAGUUACCACUUACGAGGACUUCUGGUUAAGAAUGAUAAGAUAUAAGAAAAA